AUGAAUACUACACUUAGAAAUACUGAGUCUAAUAAACAAAGCUCAUGGAUUCUUAAUACCUUCAAACAAUAUGAGGAUAAAUAUUCAGUAAACAAAAAAAUAAAAGCUUCUAUUAAUGUCCAAAUUGUUAGUGUUACUGGAGCGAAAAUUACACCAUUAGGAAAGAUGUUCAAAGUUGAUAUUAAAAUAGGAAAAUUUGAAAUUAAAAAAGAUAUGAUUGUAAUAGAAGUAUCAGGAUAUAGUGUUCUACUUGGAAAUGAUUGGAUUACCAACCAAGCAAAAGCAAUUAUUAAUACUGAAAAACAAAUUAUGAUAAUAAAGCAAAAUAAAGAAAUUGAUACUGUUCUAAUUACCUGCUUUACAAAAAUAAAUCCUGAAAUUUUAUCACCAAUAGAUUUCUUUGAGAAAGAAUAUGACGAAUUAGAACUUGAAGAAACAGAAGGAGAACCUCAAAAUUAUCUAACUGAUAAUACUGGAAGUGAUCAAAAUGAUGCUUUUGUAAACCAUUACAGAAUAAUGAAAAGUGUUUAUUUUAUCAAAAAUUAUAUGAAGAUCUUGAAGAUUAUUGAGUUGCUAAAACUCAAAUAA